CAAAGAGGGACUAGUGUGGACAUGGCUGCUGUGUCAGAGCUUUUUCCAUGGAUCUUUGCUGCACUCUCUAAAGUGGGGGCUGGAGGCCUGCUUGCUUGUAACUGAACAUGGCAGGGGAUGAGAAAAGAUUCUCACGGAUGCUGCUGGAGUGCAAUAGCAAUGACAAGCUAUGUGUUGUGCGUGAACACCAAACGGAAGUGAUCGUUGUUCCAGUUCUCCUGGUGGGACUUUUUGUCAUUGUGCUCAGUGUGAUCCUCUGGCUCCACUGCCGUGGCCUGCGAGCAAAGCAGGAGCAAUCAGCACCAGCCAGAACCCAAGUGACAAGAAAGAAUCAGCAGGAACCCUGCUCAACAGAGAACCGCUACAUCCAGCUAAAUGAGAGCUCUGUGGAGAGCCUGCUAAAUUCUGUGUCCUUGACUCUGAAAGAAUUAGAGAUACCACGAGAGAAACUCUUACCAGACAGCUUGCAGCUGAUAAAACUUGGUGCCUAUGGGAGCAUCUACAGAGCACAGUUGGAAACUGGGAGCUCUGGGAAGACUAAGACUGUGGUGUUGAAAGCCUUGCAAGAUCCAGCUAGUCCCCAGAAAGUGAAGGAUUUCUUGGGAAGGAUUAAAUUCCAUCAAAACCUUGGCCAUCACGAGAACCUGGUUGAAUUGGUUGGAUGUUGUAUAGACCAGCUCCCACUGUAUAUGAUCAUGGAAGAUGUGUCUCUUGGUGACCUGCUGACAUUUCUGUGGACAUGUCGGAAGGAUGUAAUGGCAAUGGAUGGUGUCCCCUAUGACCUCACUGAGAGGCAGGUAUAUGAGGUCGGACAGCAGGUUGCAGCAGCUCUGGCUUAUCUUGAAGAAAAGAACUUGUUCCAUGGUGACAUUGCUGCCAGGAAUGUCCUUCUCCAUCACAACUUCACUGCCAAGCUCUGUGGUUUGGGCCUGGCCUACGAAACUCACACACACGGUGCCAGCUCAGUCACACGGAACGUCCCCGUCAAGUGGCAGGCACCAGAGAGGCUCCUGAGCAAACCCCCUACCAUCAAGGCAGACAUAUGGUCUUUUGGAAUUCUACUGUAUGAAAUGAUUACAUUAGGUGCUCCACCAUAUCCUGAGGUGCCACCUUCUGACAUCUUAUCCUACCUGCAGAAACAGAACAUUAUGAAGCAGCCCUCAAGCUGCCAGCAAGCCAUGUACUGCAUCAUGAGGUCCUGCUGGCAGUGGAGUGCAGCUGACCGGCCUUCCCCAGCGCAGCUCUUGUGCUCCCUGGAAACAGCCAUGAAGACCAGCAAUGGGCACACAGUGCUGCAGGUGCCUGAGCCAGUGGUGCCUGAACUCUAUGCUGAUGCUGCUGGUGUUGAUGUGCACAGCCUGGUGAGGGAAUACACAAUCCUCUGAAGGGUCCUUUUGUAUUUUGGUAAAGGAGAAAGAAGUCUCAGAGUUUUCCCUUCCUAAAUAUUUUGCAAGCUCAGAACGAGGUGUGUAUGUUAGAAGGGAUCUCUUUGUUCUUCAGACAUCUAUAAAAUCUCCAUGCCAGACGCAAGAAACUGUUAUCAUUAUUGUUAAAUCAACCUGUUGGUGUCAUUCUGCCAGUGGUCAUUUGGGAGUAAAGUGUGUUUAGAAAGCUGUAGAAAAUGAAAUGAGAAACUUGAAUUAAAGGAGUGUUAGGUUUGUGUGGCAAGGUUUUGGUGAUGGGGUGGACUGCAGAGGUGACUUCUGUGAGAAGAUGCCAGAAGCCUCCCCCAGCUCCACGAUGGACCUGCUGCUGGUCAAAGCUGAGCCCUUCAGCAACACUGGUAGCACCUCUGUGAUUAGAUAUUUAAGAAAGUGUAAAAGAUACUGCAUAACAGCAGGUGAAAGAGAGGAGUGUGAAUGUGAGAGGAGCAGCUCUGCAAACACCCAGGGCAGGGCAGAAGGAGGGGCAGGAGCUGCUCCAGAGCUGGGGUUUCCCUGAGAUUCCGUGGCUGAGCCCCUGCAGCCCCUGGAGGGCAGGGAGGGUGCAGAGAUCCACUUGCAGCCCCCGAAGGAGCCCACGCCAGAGCAGGGGGAUGUCUGGAGGCUGUGACUCCAAGGGAAGCCUGUGCUGGAGCAGAAUCUGUCCUGACAGAAUCUGUGGAGAGAGGAGCCCUCAUUGGAGAAGGACCACAUCUCAUGGAUAGGGAUUCAUGCUGGAGCGCUUAAUGAAGAACAACCCUUGCAAAGAACUUAUGUUGGAGAAAUUCUGAAGGACCUACUUUCCUUUGGAGGGACCCCACAAUGGAGCAGGGAAAGCAUGUGAGGAGUCCUCCCCCUGAGGAGGAAGGAGCAGCAGAGACAAUGUGAGAUGAACUCACCACAACCCCCAUUCUCCCUGCUGGAUGAGAAGAGGUAGAGAAAUUAGGAGUGAAGCUGAGCCUUGGAAGAAGAGAAGGGUGGAGGAAGGUGCUGCAGGACUUGGUUUUAUUUCUCAUUACACUUCAUAAUUUGAUUUGCAAUAAACUAAUUUUUCUCAAGUUGA